AAUGACAACCAGGUCUUUCCUCCUGUUUACUAUUUGAAGAAAAAAGUUUUGAAAAUUAAAAAGACAAAAGCAAUGAAAGAAAGGUCAAUGCUUCAAUAAAAUUCAACGCAGACCAACCUUUGAUUUAUAAAUUGGUCCAAAAGCCACGCUAAAAAAGCCAAUUACAAUAACAGCUAGCCUUGCAUAAAACGUAGCCAUCUUCGACUCUUCUCCUUCGUUGGAGAGUUAAUUUCAUUUCCAUUCUCUCACACAUUACUCUGAUCCAAAGUUCUUUUGAGCAAUGGCGUUUCCAGAUAGCUCGACUCGAAAAUCUUUGAUCCCCAGUUUUCUUUACAGGGGACGUUCUUCUAAUCUCACUACUUUGGAUCAUCAUGGCAAAAUAGAUAGCUCAUCUCAGCCGUCCAUUUUUCCGUCAUCAUCAACCAAGAAUUUCUUGGUUGCGGCACCAAAGGAGGGUUCGGGUUCAGGGUAUAAAGUAGAAAUGUAUACACCGGCGUUUUACGCUGCCAGUACAAUCGGUGGUAUUCUGAGCUGCGGUCUUACUCACACGGCUGUCACCCCUCUCGAUCUUGUCAAGUGCAACAUGCAGAUUGAUCCUGCAAAGUACAAGAGCAUUUCCUCUGGUUUCGGAGUUCUGCUUAAAGAGCAGGGUAUUAGAGGUUUCUUUAGGGGUUGGGCACCUACUUUACUUGGUUACAGCGCACAGGGAGCAUGCAAAUAUGGAUUGUACGAAUAUUUCAAGAAGUACUACUCAGACGUUGCUGGCCCUGAGAAUGCCGUCAAGUACAAGACUUUGAUAUAUCUAGCUGGUUCUGCUUCUGCUGAAGUUAUUGCUGAUGUUGCACUCUGCCCAUUUGAGGCUGUCAAAGUUCGUGUCCAAACUCAACCUGGUUUUGCCAGAGGCUUGUCUGAUGGACUUCCCAAAUUUGUCAAAGCUGAAGGCGCUGCUGGGCUUUAUAAGGGGAUUGUUCCUCUCUGGGGACGACAAAUUCCAUACACGAUGAUGAAGUUUGCAUCAUUUGAAACCAUAGUGGAACAACUCUAUAAACAUGUCAUUCCGACACCAAAAGACCAGUGCAGCAAUACUACACAGCUUGGUGUGAGUUUUGCUGGUGGAUAUUUGGCUGGUAUUCUCUGCGCUGUUGUAUCACACCCUGCUGAUAACCUAGUUUCUUUCCUCAACAAUGCCAAGGGAGCAACUGUUGGCGAUGCUGUGAAUAAGCUAGGCCUAUGGGGUAUCUGUACUCGUGGUCUUCCCCUUCGUAUAUUCAUGAUUGGCACACUCACUGGAGCACAAUGGGGAAUCUAUGAUUCUUUCAAAGUUUUCGUUGGCCUGCCAACCACCGGUGGUGUGGCUCCUCCUGCCCACAAGUGAACCUGAUAUCUUCUUGUUUUCCUCUAGUACUAGAAAGAUAUAAGGUAGUAUUAGUUUUGCAUUCUUUCAAUGUGUGCAGUUACAUCCCUAUCUUUUGGAGGAUACAUCAUCCUCGGCAUCAUUGGACUUGAAGUACCACCUUAGUCUGUAACCACGAUUUUUGGACUUUAAAUAAUGUCAAAUUUAUAAUGAGAAAUAUGUUGCUUCUCCACUUCACAAUUA